AUGUCGGGCGAGGACGGCCCGGGGGCGGCAGCCCGCGAGCGGCGGCGGGAGCAGCUGCGGCAGUGGGGGGCGCGGGCGGGCGCCGAGCCGGGCCCCGGGGCGCGGCGGGUCCGCACGGUGCGCUUCGAUCGCGCCGCCGAGUUCCUGGCGGCCUGCGCGGGCGGAGACCUGGAGGAGGCGCGCCUGAUGCUGCUGCAAGCGGCCCGGCCCGAGGCCCAGCCCCAGGCCCGCAGCGAUGCCCAGCCCGCGGCCCACGUCGGCGCCAACCCCGAUGCCAGCCCCGGUGCCAGCCCCGGUGCCAGCGCCGUGCUCGACUCCACCAACGCCGACGGCAUCAGCGCCCUGCACCAGGCCUGCAUCGACGAGAACCUGGAGGUGGUGCGCUUCCUGGUGGAGCAGGGCGCCACGGUGAACCAGGCGGACAACGAGGGCUGGACACCGCUGCACGUCGCUGCCUCCUGCGGCCACCUGGACAUCGCACGGUACCUCCUGAGCCACGGCGCCAACGUGGCCGCCGUCAACAGCGAUGGGGAUUUGGCGCUGGACCUGGCCGAGGCCGACGCCAUGGAGGGGCUGCUCCGCGCCGAGAUAGCCCGCCGAGGGGUGGACGUGGAAGCGGCCAAGAGGGCGGAGGAGGAGCUGCUGCUGCGGGACACGCGGUGCUGGCUGGACGGGGGCGCCAUGCCCGAGGCCCGGCACCCCCGCACGGGCGCCUCCGCGCUGCACGUGGCGGCCGCCAAGGGCUACAUCGAGGUGAUGAGGCUGCUCCUGCAGGCCGGCUACGACCCCGAGCUGCGGGACUGGGACGGCUGGACCCCGCUGCACGCCGCCGCGCACUGGGGCGUGGAGGACGCCUGCCGCCUGCUGGCCGAGCACGGCGGCGGCAUGGACUCGCUCACGCACGCGGGCCAGCGUCCCUGCGACCUGGCUGACGAGGAGGUGCUGAGCCUGCUGGAGGAGCUGGCCCAGAAGCAGGAGGACCUACGGAGCCAGGACGCCUCCCAGAACCGGGGCCAGGAGCCCCAGGGGCCCGGCGGCAUGAAGCACCGAAGGAGCUCCGUGUGCCGGCUCAGCAGCCGCGAGAAAAUCUCCCUGCAGGAUCUGUCCAAGGAACGCAGGCCCGAGGGGGCUGGGGACGCUUUGAUCCGGGACGAUGAGGAGGGGGAAGAGGGACCAAAAGGGCCAUCUCCUGCAGAGUCCAGAACCCUCAAUGGUGUUUCCCCCGUAGCUCCUGCAAGCCCCCAGAGCCCUGUGCCUCCUCUCGAGGCCUCCCCCUCAAAGCGCUUUGGCCUUCGGAAGACGGGGAGCGCAGGGACGCUGGGACUCUCGGACCGGACGGGCGUCUCGGACAUGCUGGGGACAGGCCUGCAGCGCUCAGCCUCAUCCUCAGGGCUGGAGACGAGCCCGGCUCAGGCCAGGGAGCCCCGUGUGGCCAGAAUCUCCCCGAGCCCUGCCCAGAAGGAGCAGGAGCCGUCUGCCCCGACUCCAGAACCCGAAGCCCCAGCAGAGCAGCCAAACAUCCCUGCGGCCGCCCCAGCACCCUCAGCGGACUCCCGGGACCGGUGGAGGUCCUACCAGAUGCCCGUCCGGGACGAGGAGUCUGAGUCGCAGAGGAAGGCUCGGUCCCGCCUCAUGCGCCAGUCCCGGAGGCCCACCCAGGGUGUGACUUUGACCGACUUGAAGGAGGCGGAGAAGGUGGCCUCAAAGGCCGCCGAGCCAGACAAGCUGAGCCAGCAGAGCGAGGACCCCUCUCGGCGGCCGCGAGUGCCUGGCCUGGAUGUUUUGGAUGGCCCCAACUGUAGAGAGGUGCCCGACGGCCAGGGCCAGGGACCACAGGCUGGCAAGGAGCAGCAAGAGGGAAUCGGCAAGGACUGGAGGGGGCCUGCGGAGGGGGAGGAGGCCCAGCUGGCCCGAGACGGCACCGAAAGCAGGCAGCCGGACCCAGACCCCCCGGACGCCCAGUCGGAAGAGUCUGAUGCAGAAAGCUUCCGGAAGCUGUAUGUGGAGCUGCGCCUGGAGAACCAGCGCCUGCGCGAGGCCCUGACCGAGACCACCCUGCAGCUGGCCCAGCUCAAAGUGGAGCUGGAGCGGGCCACCCAGAAGCAUGAACGCUUCGCAGAAAGGCCGGCCCUUCUGGAGCUGGAGAGAUUUGAGCGCAGGGCCCUGGAGCGCAAGGCGUCGGAGCUGGAGGAAGAGCUGAAGGCCCUGUCCGACCUCCGGGCUGACAACCAGCGGCUCAAGGACGAGAACGCAGCCUUGAUCCGCGUCAUUAGCAAACUGUCCAAGUGAGCCCCGAGGGGCUCCCCCGCACCCCCUCUUCUACAGCUGCUUCUGCCGCACGCACCCUUCCCCCCGCUGGACCACCACGAGGGUCGGGGCUGGGGCGUCUUCGAGAAGCCAUACCUCCCCUUGGACCUUGAAGCUGUGAUGGGAAGAAGCCCCCCCGGGAGCCAGGGGGGUCCUCCGAGGCCCCGAAGGAGGCAGGAGACUCCAGGUGGGGUCCCAAGGUCGGAGGCAGGACCAGGAAGUGCCAGGACCAAGCGGCCGCCCGCCCAGAAGUGCCCCUUCACGUGUGAUGCCACCGUCCCCCUCCCCACCCCGAGCAGGGAUCCGAGAAUGUGCCAAGAGUGCCGCCGGCCUCGGCCAGUGGGCCGACGUGGGUCCAAGUGCAAUAUGGGGGUGCCUUUCUAUUUUUGCUGCCCCCUGCCCGCCUGCCGUUGGGGCAGGGGGAGAAGGUAUUUUCAAGACAAAGCACGGGCACCGCCAAUAAAAGUUGUGAAGUUGCCACCUA